AUGGCCCAUAAUGGACUUGGGAUCUUCAUCCUCAUCAUUAUUUUACUCCUUGAUCAAAGCCAGCCUGCCAAACUAAAAGCCAGAAAACACAGCAAACGUAGAGUGAAAGAAAAGGAUGGUGACCUAAAAACACAGGUGGAGAAGCUCUGGAGAGAAGUAAAUGCCUUGAAGGAAAUGCAAGCCCUACAGACAGUCUGCCUCCGAGGCGUGAAAGUACACAAAAAAUGCUACCUGGCAUCUGAUAUCUCCAAACACUUCCACGAGGCAAAUGAAGACUGCAUUUCCAAAGGUGGGACCCUGGUCGUUCCCAGGAACAGUGAUGAAACCAAUGCCCUGCGAGACUAUGGAAAAAAGAGUCUUCCAGGCAUUAAUGAUUUUUGGCUGGGGAUUAACGACAUGGUCAAUGAAGGCAAAUUUGUUGAUGUUAAUGGUGUUGCCAUUACCUUCCUUAACUGGGAUCGUGCACAACCCAGUGGCGGGAAGAGGGAAAACUGUGCCCUAUUCUCCCAGGCAGCUCAAGGAAAGUGGAGUGAUGAGUCCUGUCGGAGCAGCAAGAGAUAUAUAUGUGAAUUCAUCAUUCCCUAG